AUGACUUGGCUGUAUUGCUUCCAAAUAGGCACUAGACUGAGUAUGGCCUGUGGCCUGCCGUCCCCGUUGUGCUCCCUCCAGUACUCCAAAACGCUGAGACGAACGCAGCAACUUGCAGUCACCGUACUGAGCCCAGAAGAACGACUGCAGAUCUCGAUGCUCGAAACCUUGUCUUCAGCACAGACCCAUCUUGACGCCAUGGGCGAUGUUCAUUCACACUAUUCAAUGACCCGGAACUACGAGGCGAAACUAGAGUCUUUGAAAGAGUCCUCUCAGGAAAACUGGAGUUGGUCAACAGCUUUGGAAGUCCAGUACCAAAGCAUAAAACUAUUCAUACUCAAUAUGACGUUCACUCAAGACAUAUCUUCAAAUGAUGGCCAAGCAAUACUCUACCGAGACACAAUCCUUCUAAAGUGUUUCGAUAUAGCAUCGUCUCUUAUCUCAACAGCGACUGGCAUGAGCAACCAAGAAAUCGCAGGUCAUCAUUACUGGGGUGGCAUCCUCACAUUCUACCCAAAGCAUUACUUCGUCUCCUUGUUGUCAGCAGCAUCGUCUCUUCUGUGGUUUCUCAUUGCAUAUGGAGCAGCAACGCCAGUCCAGCAAUCGAUCGCGAUCACUCGUAUAACCGAGGCGCACAAGGUCUUCCAAUCCUUUCCGGACCACCGAGACGCGGCACGAGCAUGCAUUACUGUCGAAAUGGCUAUGCAGGCAGUUCGGAACACGACUCCAGGUAACGCGAACCUGUUCAUCAAGAACCGCCUCGGUGCAUCAGUAAGCUUCGACGCCGCCUUCCGCGCCGCUCAACAACGCAAUCGAGACCCUGCCGAUGGGUUGACUAACCCUGCCGCGCAAUGGAUACGUGUCAAUGAAGUUGAAUCACGUAGAUUACCAUUAGCACCAGAGCAAAAGGUAACGACUCCAAAGCUGACUCAGGGCAUGUCGGCCGCCGAUGAUGCGACGAUGGGGAUCUGGGACACCUGGAACACAUACUCGAACGACUUUGGCCUGCUGAAUGAGCCGUGGGUAGCAAGUGAUACAGAAUUUGCGAUGUUGGACAUUGGAAACAGUAUGGCUAUAGGUGGGAGUCAGUCGACACCGAUGCCUGAGGUGAGCACAGGACGGGCAGUUCGCACGUAG